GGGAAAUCGAAAGGACGACAAUCAUAUUUCUACAUUACGAGCUGUACUAUUGCCUGCGUGCAGACGUCUCCUAUUUCCUUUGUUGCACGCGGAAAAGGGACGUCUGCGUAACGCCGUCGCUAAUCGUGUUCCAGCGUCCCGCUGUCAGGGUAUUCUAUUUCGCAUAAAUUGUGAAAUAAUAUCCGGUUAGAAAUAAGAGUUGACAGGCCAAACAAAACAUCAUAAGCUCGUGAUACGGGCGAAACGUGACCUUGAGAGUCUGCUUGAACAGAGGUUUUUCUUCUUUUCUCUCUCGCGCUAAGAUUACUAGCACUACACAGUGCAUGUAGCAUUCUAACCUUUGACUGAGUAAAUCUCAUUUUUGCCGCGCUAAGUCUUACAUUUAGAAGUCAUGAAGCAGGUUUGUUACAUGCAUACUGAGUAAUCAUUUCCUGUGGUUUAUGCUUCUGUGGGUGUUCCCGAUAGGAUUUGAUUUCAGAUGCAGUUGUAAAGUGUUUAAAUUUUCUUGACCUCUGUUUGUUACGGCUAAAUAAAGAUUUUAGUUUCUUUGGCUGGCUUUCUCCGAAAUGCCUGCCUGGUACGAAGUCCACACCGCUUUUGUAGUUUUCUCAGACACUGUUUACUAAUAUGAUGUGAUGUGUCAUGCACAGUAAAUUGUAAAGAAAUAAUUUCCUCGUACACGUUAAAUUUUCCGCGUCCCCGCACAAGAUUUCGAUCGCUCUGCUUUUCGAUCGACGAAAAACACAGCACACAAUCGCACAUGUUUCUAUUUGUUUUGGUUAGAAAACCCCGCUUACAUAUAAAAUCAUUUAAAUCACCGCAUACAUUAUCAGACCACAUUCGAUAACAACCAAUCAGCGUUAAGUCAAACAAUGCGCACUGUGUGUCAGCCUAUCGCAGCGUGUUCCCAAGAUCUUGGGAACCCAGCAGGACGCUGGAACACGAUUAGCGACGACGUUACGCAGACGUCCCUUUUCCGCGUGCAACAAAGGAAAUAGGAGACGUCUGCACGCAGGCAAGCUGUACUACGGCUUACAUAGACCAAACCGGCUGCCCUUUGCAUGAGGGUGUGAAUGGGGUUAACUGACUAGCGACAAAGGGCGAAAAAUAUUACUGACUACCGACAAAAUGAGUAAAAAAUUACCGACUACCGACAGCAAAAAUAUUAACCGACUACCGACAUGGGCUGAUAUUAUCAAUAUUUGUUUCAGGAAAAAGAGCAUUUUGUAUUUAAUCUAACCGUUAGCUCGAGGAAGUAAGUAACCUCUUUAAAUUUAUGACUCAUCAGAUGGCCUAACGGAAAGACUUUCCUUUUUUUUGAUACAGGUACAUUGCUACAGCCAAUAUCAAAAUCACAAAGUCAAACCUUAAAGAUGCUACCGACUUUAUAAAUUUUAUUGAAAAGUCAAAGGUGAAAAAACCGAACGUUUUUGCUUAGAUUAAUCCUCAAAGAAAAUUCUUUCCCGUUUAAUGUAAAGAACUAUCAGUACAAACCCACGUUACCGUGAUGAGCACAAAGAAAGCAGUUUCCUUUCCAACAUUUUCAUGGCACAUUUUGAGACACAAAGUUUAAGCAAAACCGUCUUUAAACCAACUGUUUGAAAACGCUACAUAAAUGACAUUUUUUCCCUAUGGGACAUAAGUAAACCAGACAUCGUAGCUUUCUUCGCGGAACAAGUAAACUUACAUGCCCUCCUAUGAAAUUCACGGCCGAAAGAUCUGAAAAUGAGACAUUCUUUUUAGAAACGGUUGUAUACCAAGGUACAACAUUCAGCGAAAAAAUGAGAAAAAGCUACCCUUGACGUAAAGACGCAUUUGAAACGGAAACCUUACAGUAUAUACAUUUUCACCUCUUAUCACCCACCAUUUGUUAAAGCGCCUGUUUGACAAACGAGAAGCCUCGAGAAUCCUACGAACAAACUCCUCUGAGGAAGUAUUUCAGAUUUCAAAAGCGCUUGAUGGACAGAGGCUAGCCACACAAUUUUGAGAGAAAAAUUGCUAUUAGAAGUAAAACUCACGGAAAGGAAGGCUGCAGCGCUCCUGAAAAAAAAACAACCAGGAAGAAAAAGACUGAAAUAUUGCCUUUCGUGACACAAUGCCAGCCCUUAGUGUCGAUAAAAAAGAAGCUUUAAUGAAAAAGUGGAAUCUCAUACAAAACCAACCACUAUCUUGCCAAAAUUUUAAAGAACCACCUAAAGUGCUAUUUCUUUGAGAAAGGAAAAUUAUGGCAAAGGACAUGCUUGUUAGAACCAAAACAUGAGAGGGAUAGAUGUGCAGCCUGUCAUCCCUUGCAGUUUUUCAAUAAAAAUAAUUUAAGUAUCCAAAAGGCUAGAGUCCAGUAAGUAAUUAAUUAAUUACUUUUUACUGUGCCCUGUUGUCGACAGGGAAACCAAGUUCGCAUUUACAAUAAAAGCUUGGGUGAUUUUAUCAGUACUAAUUAUUCAUUUAAUGGCAAACAAUGAUGAAAUAAACGUUCAUGUUGCAUAAAAAACAAGAGUUAAUGAACGGUUUAGGCGCAAUCAAAUGAAUCAUUCUUGCAAGUUUUACUCUUUCCUUAGGGAUCAAAGUCUUGAAAAGUGGGUGAGAUACAUAAAAAAUAUUAAUAAUUAACAAGCGUUUUUACUUAUUAACUGAGAUUUUCCGACAACCGGCGAAAAUCGAAAAGUUUAACCGACUACCGACAAAGAACGAAAAUUUUAACCGGCUACCGACAAAAUUACUGAAUUUUAACCGACAGCCGACAAGUGGACCCCCCCAUUCAGACCCUCUUGCAUGUGUCGAUGUGGAAAACGCCUUUUAAACUUGUAGUUUUAAAAAAAUAAAUAAAGCAGGUAUCGAAAACCUCGACAACGAUAUUGACACUGCCUUCUCCGAAUUUAACGAUUACGUUAAACAGCAUGGCGUUGAAGGCAUUGACAAGUUCCUAGAAGACGCUUUGGAAAAAUGGAAACAAGUGGACAUAAAUAUUGCAGUUGUUGGCAACUCCGGAAGUGGAAAAUCCAGCUUCAUUAACACAGUUCGAGGGUGGGUAUAAUUAAAAGUUUAAUUAACUUUCUUUGAUGGGUACCUUAUUCACAAGGCCUGACAAGUUGAUUUUGUGCCAAUAAGGCGGAUCGCGUAAUAAGGAAUCGCAAAUGUUAUUAUAUACACCAAGCCAGCUCUUUCAUAAGUACAGCGUCUCGCGAUGUCAUUCCUGAACAUUAUUCGUGAAUUAUCAGUCCAUUUCUUCUCUUAAAGUGGUCAUUAGUCACUUCCGGGUUUUUUCACAAGCUCAUAUCGAAAGUGAAAGGUAUCAACUAGCACUUCCUUGAGGUGGGGUAAGCUUAGACUUAAGCCGGCUUUGAUUUCCGCUGCGUUAAACCCCUAAACGGGGGCCCUGGCAUAAAGAACCAGAAAAAUUAUCCUUUUGUAUUGGCCCACGUUCAUCCUUAAUAUAUUACUGGGUCUUUCAGCAACCUGUUCGCGCUAAGAGUUUAAUGAUGGAUCAAACGAUAUUUUUUUAUUGAGCAUCACAGGUCAAAUCUCGUCUUAAACUGGAAGAGAGCGGAUCUAUUAAAGUUUCAAGAUCAGUAGAAAGAAACGCGUACGAAUCUAUCAAUGAUCGGAAGACGGAAUUAUCAAGACCGAGCUAAUCCAAACGAACAAUUUCCUAUAAAGACACUUAGCUCUUACGCCGACACCAAAAACUAACCGAAAAAGGCUUUCGUUCAAACAAAAGGAUCGCUACCUCGUUCCCAGGGUUCUCUCCUACCCGCCCCCUGGGAGAACCCUGGGAACGAGGUUGAAAGGAUCGUUAUUUCGGCGCGAUUGAAGGGGUUUGAUUAAAUUUGGUUAAUAUGUGUCAUUUCAACAUUUGAGGUAUUCCUCUAAGGAGGAAUUGGUAGGAGUUGCCCUCGCGGCUAACAGGAAAGAGUCGAGUACGCUCAGACAUGGCAGCAGAGACCUUGUCACGGUUUUCGACGCCAUCUUGACGAGUAGGCAAACGCGUGAGAAAUUACAGUGUUUGUACAAGAAUCUAAUGUCGAAUAAUUUCCAUAAAACGGCUGUUCUGAACAAAAUAUCGAUUGUAAACUAAAGCUGCAAAACAAAGGAUUGUCCUAAAAAAAUUUGGGGCGUACCUGCGCUUAAAUUUCUCCAGAGGUUUGUUUAGAUUUUCCAUAUAUUUGUCUGUAAUUUUCCCGGGACUUGCUUACAGACAAAUGUAUAGAAAAUUUUAAAAAGUGGUUCUAGGUCUUCUAGUGCAUGUAACGCCCUGAAAUUUUUUCAGGAGAAUCCUUAGGAGUGAAGCUUUAGUUUACAAAUCAUAUUUUUUUCAGAACAGCAGUUCUAAGGAAAUUAUUCGACAUUAGAUUCUCAUACAAUCACUGUAAUUUCUCACGCGUUUGCCUACUCGUCAAGACGCCGUCGAAAACCGUGACAAGAUCUAUUUUGUGAAUGGUGUCAUGCACGCGCAAGAGGCAUCUUUUAAAACCUACAUUGGUCUCUUAUCGGGUUGAAAUUGUUUUCAGCUUCAGUGGCAAUGGCCGUUUUCCUGCUUUCCUGGAAAACAGAAGCCUUCCCAGCAGCUUUUCUUGGAAAUGCUGGAUGAGUGCCGUAUUAUCUUUUUUAAGUUUUUUAUACAUGCUUUCCAUUCGUUACAGAAUUUACCAACAAUUCGCGACUAGUAAGAAUCCCACUUUGAAUCAGCGCUACUAUCAAAGAGUUUCGUUUUUCUGGUCAGCAAAAAAAAAGUCAAAACAAUGGACUCUUGAUUACGGCUUUCAAAUAGAGACGUUAACAUAAAUGUUGUUCCUCAUAGGGAAUAUAACGUUAAUAUAUUUUCUACCUGGCCGUUCUGAUAAAGCCGUAACGAGACCGUCUAGUUAAGUUCGAAGUUAUUUCGUUUAGCAAAAGAAAUAAAAACAAAUUUUAUUGUCUUUGCAUAUCCUGAUAAUAAACACUCCAGGGAUUGGCAGAAUUCUCGAAAGUUAUUGACGCACACUUUGUCUCAAAUUUGCGUAUAACGUCUGUGCACUUGAAACACUGAGGCUGACAUUCCAGACGGUUCCCCUUAAUAAAUCUGAAUUGUUGGCUCCAUGUAAAGCACUCAAAAGACGAGUUACAUUGCUGGUGGGUGGGUGGGUCCCGCCGACUACCCAACAAUUCACUCACCUUGUAAUUUUCAUUCACACAGAGUGUACUAUUAUCCGGCCCAGAGGUAUAAAGUGUUGGUGUUUUUUCUCCAUAUCCAAAUUGUUCUCGUAGCUUUUAAAAACUCUCAGCGAAUUUACUUUAUUUUAGAAAGAUGUAAAUAUAGGCAAUAGACGACAAAAGUAUAUUGAAAGGUACACUGAGUGGAAAAACUUUUAAUUAAUUCAUAUUUUCUCCAUGUCCUCGAAGCCCAAAACGUUAACGUUGAACAUAAUGAUCCAGUAUAGAGGUACCAGGUUCCAUACCGAGCAUCACCCAUAUUUUCUUCGACGAAUUUAAUAGCAUUCUUUUCUUCUUCUUUUUUUUUUUUAUGGUCACUGGAGUACAGACUACUCAUAGCCAGUAAGCACAUGUCCUAUCAGGCGACUAUUUUUUCUCAUGUAAACGUUUUGCCAGGAAAUACAUGAAACGUUGGCUCGCCCAGGGUAGCUCGGGUAGGCGGGUCACUCUUCUACCACGGACAACGUACUUUUCUCCAUAAAACCAGAGCCUUACAUUUUGAAUGUCCAAAUUCAUUAAACUUUUUUUCCAGAUAUGAAUUCGAUGAUGAAGAAGGUGCCGCCGAAGUUGGAGAAGAAAAAAGUACUACUACAGUGCCAACAGCAUACCCACAUCCUAAAAAUUCCCAAAUAAUAUUUUGGGAUUUACCAGGAAUGGGGGACAUCCAAAACCCAGACCUGAAAACAUACUGCAAGGAAGUACAAUUGGAAACGUACGAUGCGUUCCUCAUCGUAACAUGCACCAGAUUCUCUAACAACGAUCUCCACUUGGCAGAGGAAAUAAAAAGGUCACUUAACAAACAUUUCUUCUUCAUUCGCACAAAAAUUGACGUGAGCGUCCAAUCCGGUAAAAUGAGGAAGAAAGUAUUUGAUGAAAAUGUCAUGCUUGAGGAAACAAGAAGCCGCUGUUCAGAAGUGCUGGGUGACCUGCUGAGCAGCAAGCAAGACAUAUUCCUGAUAAGCAACCAUUAUCCUAAAGAGUGGGAUUUCCCUAAACUCACUGAAGCCAUUUUAGAUGCGAUGCCCAAAUAUAAGCAAGAGAGUCUGACCUUGGCUCUGAAGAGCUUUUCACCUGAAAUAAUCAGGAGAAAAGUUGAAACCCUAAAACGACGUACAUGGAAGUCUGCUUUUAAAUCUGCUGUUGUCGGAGCGAUUCCCCUUCCUGCAGUUUCCGCAGUCUAUGAUGCCAACCUGAUUAUCGAUGAAAUCAACAUGUACAGAACCACUCUUGGUCUUCCAAAGGAAUGGUCUGAGGAAUUUACAAAACUGCAUUCUGCCACCAAAGAAACCACAGCCAAACUCACAGCGUUGCUGGCCAGUUACGUUGUGAGUAGCGUCGCUGAGGAGUAUGCUCGAUUCAUCCCAUUUAUAGGCACCGGCAUAGCCGGAGGAAUUUCAUUUGCUACUACAUUAGCUUUUCUUCGUUAUUAUUUGAAAAAGGGGGAAGAUGCAGCAUUAUUAGCUCUACAAGAAGCUGUCGAAAAGUUACCACGCAAUUAAGGAAUAAUUAAACUUCUAACGCUUUCUGAACGGUCAGGGUCCUUUCACCCACCCAAAUUUUUCCCUUAACGUAAGGAUUGCCUCUACGCAGCUAGAGUAUGUUUUGUAGACGUUAAAUGCCACAGUGAUUCUUUGUAAUUCAUUCAAACGUGUACAUGUACGUACUUGAUAUAUUGAAAGAUUGAAAGCUAUUACUUUAUGGAUCAGCUUAAUCAUUAUAGGCUAGUAUAAAAUUGUUGUAACGUUGGGGGUAUACCUUCCGUCUUCAUUAGAACGGAGGUAAAGGAUUUAGUCAAAAUCUAGAUUUCGGAACACAAAACCCAUAUUACUUUACGAACAUAAAUGAAAACUGCUUAGAAAUUAUAUUUUGUCG